AUGCUGCUCAGGGCGCCGUGUACGCGUCUGGUCUUCGGCCAGGCGCGGUUAUCCCCGAGAUCAUGCCUGCGAGCUACAGAUUAUGUGCAAAGGCAAUUGCCGUUUAACGCCAACGUCCAGCCCAGAUCACUUCACCAAGAUAGCGGCAGUGCUGUUAGGCGAAAGACAGUUCUACUGGAUCAGUUCCGACGACCUGUCGCAGGCACUACAGGCACGGCAAACGUCAUACGCUCAUUACACGCCCCUUCUGGUGAUGCACCAGUGCCGUACAGUGAGCUCGUUGUUGGCGCCCCGAAGGAGAUCUACCCUGGCGAGAAGCGUGUGGCUAUCACUCCGGGAAACGUCACCCUACUGCUCAAGAAGGGCUUCAAGCAGAUCCUGAUCGAACGUGGGGCUGGAGCGGAAGCAGAGUAUAGUGAUGAUGCGUACGAGAGUGCUGGAGCCACUCUCGUAGAUCAGAAUGCGAUCUGGUCACAAUGUAACAUAGUGCUCAAGGUCCGAGCACCAUCGAUCGACUCCGAAAUACCGAAGGUAAAGGAGGGUACCACGAUCAUUUCUUUCAUUCAGGCAGCACAGAACAAAGACCUCGUCGAUGCUCUGGCGGCUCGGAAAGCGACAACGUUUGCUAUGGAGAUGAUUCCCAGAAUCAGUCGUGCCCAGGCCUUUGAUGCACUCAGCUCAAUGGCCAACAUUGCUGGAUACAAGGCCAUCCUCGAAGCCUCGAACCACUUUGGCCGCUUCUUGACUGGACAAGUCACUGCUGCUGGCAAGAUUCCGCCGUCAAAGGUCUUGAUCAUCGGUGCAGGCGUGGCCGGAUUGUCUGCUAUCACCACGGCUAGACGUAUGGGUGCCAUAGUCCGAGGUUUCGAUACACGACCAGCUGCCCGAGAACAAGUACAAUCGCUCGGCGCAGAAUUUCUCGAGGUUGAAAUUCUGGAAGAUGGCUCUGGUGCUGGCGGAUACGCCAAGGAGAUGUCGAAGGAAUUCAUCGACGCUGAAAUGAAGCUUUUCCUCGAGCAAGCUAAAGAGGUCGACAUUAUUGUCACCACUGCUCAGAUACCAGGCAAGCCUUCGCCGAAGUUACUACUCGAAGAGGCCGUAAUGGCCAUGAGACCAGGCUCGGUCAUCGUUGACUUGGCCUCAGAGGGCGGUGGCAAUUGCGUCCUUACCCAGCCAGGAAAGCUCAUCACCACCAGGAACGGCGUCAAGAUCAUUGGCUACACAGAUUUCCCAUCCCGACUACCUACUCAGUCGUCGAACCUGUACUCAAACAACAUCACGAAGCUGCUGCUGUCCAUGUCGCCAGCUGACAAGGCCUACGGCAUCGACCUCGAUGAGAGGCCGCAACCUCCACCAGCUCCUGCUCAGAAGCCGCAGAUCCUGGCGGCAGAGAAGAAGGAAGUGACUCCUUUGCAAGCAGCCCAACAACAAGUUGCACUCGUCACUGGUGGCAUGGCCGGAGCGCUUGCGCUUGGCAAAUUCACUACGCCGUUGUUCAUGAGCAACAUCUUCACAGCUGGUCUGGCAGGCCUCAUAGGCUACAAGUCCGUAUGGGGUGUUAUCCCUGCUCUUCACUCACCUUUGAUGUCCGUCACCAAUGCAAUCUCCGGCAUUGUAGGUGUUGGUGGCUUCUUCGUCAUGGGAGGCGGCUAUGUGCCCGAGACGCUACCUCAAGCAUUAGGUGCUGCAUCUGUCCUUCUGGCUUUCGUUAACAUCGGCGGAGGUUUCGUCAUCACGAAGCGCAUGCUGGACAUGUUCCGUCGACCCAUGGAUCCCAGUGAGUAUCCAUGGCUAUACGCUAUUCCAGGAGCACUGUUCGGUGCUGGCUACCUAGCUGCCGCUUCUACCGGCAUGGCAGGUCUCGUUCAGGCUGGCUACCUCGUCAGCUCGCUGCUUUGUAUCAGCUCGAUCUCUGGGCUAGCAUCACAAGCAACUGCCCGUCAAGGAAACCUGUUCGGCAUUCUCGGCGUGUCUACGGGCGUGCUGGCCUCAUUAGCCGCAGCCGGCUUCUCAACACCUGUCCUAGCCCAAUUCGGCAUGAUCGCAGGCAUUGGUUCAAUAUUCGGUGCCCUCGUUGGCCGCCGCAUCACACCCACGGAGCUACCGCAAACAGUAGCCGCACUGCACUCUGUCGUUGGCCUCGCUGCCGUCCUAACCUCAAUCGGCUCCGUCCUUGCCUCCACUGCCCAUCUUACCAUGCUCCACAUGGUCACUGCCUACCUCGGCGUCCUCAUCGGUGGCGUCACCUUCACAGGCUCGAUCGUUGCCUUCCUCAAGCUCGCCGGUAGGAUGUCAUCUCGCCCCAUCAACCUUCCAGGCAGACACGCCAUCAACCUCGGCCUUGUUGCCGCCAACGCCGGCACAAUGGGCGCCUUCCUGACCAUGGCUCCCGGAGCGCCUGCUGUCGCCGCUAUAGCACUGACAGCCAACACCGCUCUGUCGUUCACAAAAGGCUUUACCACCACCGCCGCAAUUGGCGGCGCCGAUAUGCCUGUCGUCAUCACCGUCCUCAACGCCUACAGCGGCUUCGCCCUCGUCGCCGAGGGUCUCAUGCUCGACAACCCGCUCCUCCUCACCGUCGGCAGCCUAAUCGGCGUCUCCGGCUCCAUUCUGUCAUACAUCAUGUGCACCGACCAAGAAAAAAUAACGGGCACCGUGACCAAAACCAAUGUCGACGAAACCGUCGAAGCACUCGCCAACGCAGAAUCCGUCAUCAUCGUCGUCGGCUACGGCAUGGCGGUCGCGAAAGCACAGUACGCCAUUGCUGAGAUGACUGCUAUGCUGCGCAGCAAAGGCGUCAACGUCCGCUUCGCGAUUCAUCCAGUGGCAGGUCGGAUGCCGGGCCAGUGCAAUGUGUUGCUGGCGGAGGCGAGCGUGCCGUAUGAUAUUGUGCUGGAGAUGGACGAGAUCAAUGAUGAUUUUGCCGAUACGGAUCUUGUGUUGGUGAUUGGCGCGAAUGAUACAGUGAAUCCGAUUGCGUUGGAGCCCGGGAGUCCGAUUGCGGGGAUGCCGGUGUUGCAGGCUUGGAAGAGUAAGGGGGUGGUUGUCAUGAAGAGGGGGAUGAGUAGUGGGUAUGCGGAUGUGCCGAAUCCGAUGUUCUACAUGCCGAACACGAAGAUGCUGUUUGGUGAUGCGAAGACGACUUGCGAUGCGCUCAAAGCCUCACUGGACGCAAAGUAUAAGGCUGACAUGAUGGUAUGA